AUGCGGCCAACUUCAAAAAGAAAUAAGGAUGCCUUAGGUCUUAAAUCAGGCGGGAUUCGCUUUCAGCGAGACAAGGGGCAACAUAUUCUUAAAAAUCCCUUAGUUAUUCAAUGUAUCGUUGAAAAAGCUGGAAUAAAACCAAUUGACACUGUUCUUGAAAUUGGUUCCGGCACCGGAAACUUAACUAUGAAACUACUGGAAAAGGCGAAAAAAGUUUGUGCAUUUGAACUGGAUCCAAGGAUGGUGGCCGAGUUACAAAAGCGAGUUCAAUAUACUCCCUACCGUAGUAAACUUGAAAUUACAGUCGGAGAUGUCAUCAAGGCAACAAAUUGGCCUAAAUUUGAUCUUUGCGUUGCAAACCUGCCAUAUCAGAUUUCUUCCCCAUUUAUUGGUCGUCUUGUCACCAUACAACACCAUUUUCGCGCCGUCGUCGUAAUGCUACAGAAGGAAUUUGCUGAUCGUUUACUUGCCCAGCCUGGUUCCAAGGUUUACUGCAGACUCUCGGCCAACGCCCAGUUUCACUUCAAGAUAGCUCAACUCUUAAAGGUUAGUCGAAACAGUUUCAAGCCGCCACCACGUGUCGACUCCGCUGUUCUGAGGAUAGAGCCCCGCCACCCCAAGCCUCCUGUUUCAUUUUCGGAAUGGGAUGGUUUCUUGCGUCUGGUGUUUCAUCGGAAGAACAAGACAGUCGCCUCCAACCUUAAGGCGGAUGCCACUAUCGCCCUUCUCCGCAAGAACUACUUAACCCUCCUAGAGACCCGAAAGGAGGGAGAAGACAAACCAGCACCUGAUCCCCCUGAAAUUUCAGAAGCAGGAGCGGUCGGUCUCGAGGCGAUGGCAUUGAAAGUGCGACACAUCCUUCAGAGUUCCGGGUUCGAGUCGUCUCGGGCAAGGACCAUGGACGAGGAUGACCUUCUACGGCUGCUACUGGCUUUUCGAAAAGAGGGAAUCCCUUUUGCUUGA